AGCUAGUUAAGUAGAAUCAGAUGCCGUUUUUUAGUAAAAAAGCAAAAGUAAAACAAGUGAAGGCAUCUGCAGGAAGCUAUGUAAAAAAAGAUUCUUCUAAAUUCGUAAAAGUACAACCAGUUGGCAGCACAUUUCGGCAUGGACCGACCUUACAGAAGCGUUCUAGCUCUGCCCUUAACAUCAACAAUAUUGACAACCGAUCGAACAGAUUUCAAGACGAACGACUCAUCUCUCCCACCCCAUACAACGAGCGCUUGGUUGGAGACCCAGUCACUACAACAUCAGCCUAUCGACCAAUCUCUUCUGUUCAAAUGCGCCAUGGAGGCUCAAUGCCUUCAAUACCUAGGAAUGUGAUCAGUAAUGUAGACAAUGAGCACACAGUCUCAGUAAUGAGCGUACCAGCUGUCGUGAACAGGAACCAGAAUAAUCCGUACCAUUCCCCAGAAAACCGAAUACCAAUUAAACCUCAAUUAGGCCAAGUUCGGUACCGCACCCCACAGUACCCACCGCACACAGUUUCCCAACCGCAUUUGAAUAGACAGUACGCUCCCAUGCCGGCACUGCGUUCUAAUGUCGGACCGCGCUUGUCAAACCAUCAACUUGGAAACAUGUUUCAACCGAAACCUAUUCAACGGCAAGUUUUAAACCAUCAACAAGUUCAACACUUGCAACAACAACAACAACAACAACACUCUGUACCGCAGAAGCAAAAUGAGCAACAACGACCAGUAAUAAUGCAGAAGCCACCCCAGUCUCAAUACUACCACAACAACUCCCCCCAUUCCUACGUGCCGCGCGUCCGGUCCAACAACAGCCUAAACGCAGUCACUGAUGACCAAGAGAAAGUCCACAACAGAUAUUCUGUUGGUUACGGAGAUGAAUAUGUUGUUGCCACGCCAACUACAUCACAAAUGCACCAAUCGCGUGAAUCUCUCAACAGUUUCCACCAUGCUUCUCCUCAGCACCAAAACUCAGAUCGGAACUCUGGUUCUUUUCAGGUGAUGCAGCAAUCAAUGCACCCCCCUCAUAUUGAGAGUCCGCAACAUCAGAGCAACCUUUACGCUGGGAAGAGUCAGGAGCGAUUAAACCAACCCGUCAUGAGCAAACCAUACUCAGUACAACAUGAUCGCACUGCAGCGCACUCUAGCGGAGACGACGAUCUUCCUCCUGGAUGGUCUGUGGAUUGGACAAUCAACGGGCAUUACUAUUACGUUGACCAUAACACCGACACCACCCACUGGACCCACCCCCUUAACACUGACAGCUUACCCCCUGGUUGGGAAAAAGUCACUUCUUCAAAAUAUGGGAUGUACUUUGUAAACCAUGUGGAAAAAAUGACACAGUAUGAACACCCACUAGCACCCAGGCAAAAUGCGGCCACAAAGAACGAGCAGCAGCCCCUCCCACCAGCUGAACCCAGCCAACAAUAUGAUACAUGGCAACACAACCAAGUUGUGAAAGCGAACCCGUACCUCAGUACGGCUGAAAUUCCACGCUGGCUACAAGUCUACUCCAAAGCGCCACAAAAGUUCGACAACAAACUUCGAUGGGAGUUAUUCCAAGUCCAGGAGCUCGACUGCUUCAGUGAGAUGCUCACUAUGCUCAUGAAGAAGGAAUUAGAACAGAUCGUCAUGUCCUACGAGAGCGCUCGACAGGCAAUAUUCGCAGAAGUGACGUCUCGAAAACCAGAGGAUGAACAAAACAGAUUUGAAUCAAAUGUAUGAAAAAAGGCUUUGUGGCACUUAUGUUCAAGUUAAGAUACAGCUUCAAGGGGGAUCUGGAGUUACUUUAUGUUGUUAUAGCUCUACACUGUGCUGAAUGGACGGUAGCUUAAAAUCUGCUACUAAGCUUAGAUCCGUCCAAGGAAAAUUAAUGGAUAUCAUAUAAAGUUGAAAACACAAUUUAUCCUUUUCUGACCAUCACCAUUUUAGAUUACAAUCUUGAAAAAUCGAACUGGUACUUUUUUAUAAGGAAUAAGACAGUAGGGUGUGGUGGUAUUUUGAACAAAAUCAAAGAUUCGUUUUGAUCCUAACAUUUACGGAAAUUCAAACCAGUGAUAUGCAUCAUAUUGAAUAAAAGUGUGAAAGUAGACUUUUAUGGUUAUUGGUUAUAAUUUUUUGUUUAAUGUAUUUUAUCACAUAUCUAUUGCCAUGAACAUUCUCUAAAGGUCAUUAUUUUUGUUGUUGGUACGUCUUGUAUCUUAACCAGCAUCGGAAUAUUCUUUAUCCUUUUAUCAGCAUACUAGAAUAUUGUUUGUUUUUUUUGUUUGGUCGUGGCAAACACAAAAACACAGUUUUAUUUUUAAAAAUAUUUAAAAAUUUUACAUGAUGCUCCGUCAGAUUUAUUUUAAAAAAUAUAGUUUUUACUCUAAAAGUUACUUUAAGAUCAUUUUUUUUAUUUUUACCGACUUAUGCACUGCAUACAAUCAGUUAACAGACAUUUUAUUAUGGUUUUAAAUGUAAUUUCAUAUAUUUUCUUAUACUUCUGUAAUAAAAUGGUGUAAUUGUAAAAUUUUACCUUUUUACGCAUAAAUUCAAACUUAUGUGAUAUUUUGUAUGUACUGGUGCUUGAACUUUAAAAUCUUUUCUUGUUUUUCAGAUUUUAUUUUUUAUUCUGCAAAUUCUAUAUGUUAAAAAUUGAAAGGCAAACUUGCCCUCUUUAUAUGUCAUUGUAAAAAUAAAUCCGAAAA